UCGUGUUUCUACGUUUCUAGUUUCCAUCUUGAUCCUAAAGACAGCGCCUUCAAGUUCCAUUUUCCAUUAAGUACUGUCCACGUUCGUUGUUCGUCCUUUUUGGGAAAAGUUCGAAAAGUUGCAGGCCGCGCGGUGUAAUAACAAAGAAAAAACGUGUAAUAAUAAAGAAAAAACACGAUGUUUGGACCGGGCGCAGCACCAAUUGUGGUUCUCAGCCAGAACACGAAGCGCGACACCGGCAGAAAGGUACAGAGAGAGAAUAUCCAGGCGGGCAAGGCAAUCGCCGACGUCAUUAGAACAUGUCUGGGUCCACAAGCCAUGUUGAAAAUGUUGAUGGAUCCGAUGGGUGGUAUCGUAAUGACAAACGAUGGGAACGCGAUUCUGCGCGAGAUCACUGUGCAGCAUCCUGCUGGAAAGUCCAUGAUAGAGAUCGCUAGGACUCAGGACGAAGAGGUAGGGGACGGUACCACUUCGGUCAUCGUCCUGUCAGGCGAGAUCUUGGCUACCGCUGAACCAUUCUUGGAACAAAACAUGCAUCCUACCGUCAUUAUAAGAGCGUACCGUCAGGCUUUAGAAGACAUGGUCACGAUUCUUAACGAACAAGUCAGCAUCGAUUUAGAUUGCAACGACAAGGACAAACUGGUCCAAGUAAUAAACUCCUGUACGGGCACUAAAUUUAUCCGACGCUGGUCCGACAUGGCUUGCCAAAUCGCUUUAGAUGCCGUUCAUACGGUGAUGCUCGAGGAAAAUGGCAGGAGGGAGAUCGACAUCAAGCGUUACGCCAAGGUGGAGAAGAUUCCCGGUGGCACGAUAGAGGACAGUACUGUCCUGAAAGGUGUGAUGAUCAACAAAGAUGUGACGCACCCAAAAAUGAGACGUUACAUCAAAGAUCCGAGAAUAGUCUUGCUGGAUUGUCCAUUGGAGUAUAAAAAGGGCGAAUCUCAGACGAAUAUAGAGAUAAUGAAGGAUGUGGAUUUUACCAAGAUUUUGGAACUGGAGGAGGACCAUGUGAAGAAGAUCUGUGAGGAUGUUAUUUCAGUGAAGCCAGAUGUCGUGAUAACGGAGAAGGGUAUAUCGGAUCUUGCUCAGCAUUACUUCGUGAAAGCCGGCAUAUCCGCGAUACGCAGGCUACGAAAGAGCGACAUUAACAGAAUUGCCCGUGCCUGCGGUGCCACCGUCGUCACGCGUACCGAAGAACUGAAGGAAGAGGACGUUGGCACGGGAGCUGGUCUCUUCGAAAUCAAGAAACUCGGUGACGAUUAUUUCUGUUUUAUCACGGAAUGCAAGGAUCCGAAAGCUUGCACCAUCAUUCUGAGAGGUGCCAGCAAAGAUAUUUUGAAUGAGACCGAGAGGAAUUUGCAGGACGCGCUGCACGUCGCCAGAAAUCUUCUUAUCGAUCCAAAGCUGGUACCAGGUGGCGGAGCAGUGGAAAUGGCAGUAUCUCGGCUCUUGACGGAAAAGGCGGCAGGUCUCGCAGGUGUGGAACAAUGGCCGUACAAGGCGAUCGCGCAGGCCUUGGAGAUCAUUCCCAGGACGCUCGCGCAGAAUUGCGGCGCAAAUACUAUCAAAACUCUGACGGCGUUGCGCGCUAAACACGCGACGGAAGGAACUACUUGGGGCAUCGAUGGAGAAACGGGAAACGUGGUCGAUAUGAAGGAGCGCGGGAUAUGGGAACCGCUCUCCGUCAAGUUACAAACGUAUAAAACAGCAAUCGAGACUGCUAUUCUGUUGUUGAGAAUAGACGACAUCGUUUCCGGAAGUAAAAAGAAGAAAAAUGAGAAUGAGACCGCGCAACCGAGUCAAGUUACGGAGGAAUCUAUGAAAGAAUAAAUAUUUUCGAUAUUCAUUGAAGCCUACGCGCUUUACGUUUACAUUAAGAUUCAAUUAUUUUGCAUUUUCGCGUCAAAUUUCUGUCUCCUGUGUACGCAUUUUCAAAAAAAUAAAGUGGCCCUCCCCCCCCGGGGGGCCCGGUGAUCGUAAAAA